GAGAAGCGCAGGAGAGAGGAGGAGGAAAGGCUGAGGCGGGAGGAAGAGGAGAGGAGGCGAGUAGAAGAGGAGAGGCUUCGGCUGGAACAGCAGAAGCAGCAGAUCAUGGCGGCCCUGAACUCGCAGACGGCCGUGCAGUUCCAGCAGUACGCGGCGCAGCAGUACCCGGGCAGCCUGGACCAGCAGCAGCUGCUCGUCCGCCAGCUGCAGGAGCAGCACUACCAGCAGUACAUGCAGCAGCUCUACCAGGCCCAGCUCGCCCAGCAGCAGGCAGCCUUACAGAAACAGCAGGAAGUAGCAGUCGUGGGGGCUUCUCUGCCUGCGUCAUCAAAAGUGAACGCAGCGGCACCGGGCGAUAGGAUGUCAGUCAAUGGACAGGCCAAAACUCACACUGACAACCCAGAGAAAGAACUUGAACCAGAAGCUGCGGAAGAAGCCUUGGAGAAUGGACCCAAAGGUAUGGUUUGGCAUGUGUGUGUCCAUCCAGAUGUCAUAACUGAGAUUCAUGGAAAGCAAGGCAGGAGUCAGGCUCACUGGCUUUGGAGAGCAAUCACAUAUUUGUGAGAGUUGAAUGCUUUUGUACCCUUUUGAGUCUGAAUCCGAUGCCUCUGGUGACCCUUAGAAUAGGCAGAGAAGAGCACGUCAGAGGACUUUUGGACACUUUGGGUUGUGUAUUGGUUAUCUGUUGCUAUGUGACAAAUCGUACCCAGAUUUAGCAGCUUCCAGUAACAGCUGUUUACUGUCUCACACAGCGGGUGAGAUUACUGGGGUUUUGGGAAGCAGCUUAGCUGAGCGGUGGUGGUUCUGGUCCCAUGGGAUUUCGGUCACGAUGCUGGCUGGCACUGGAGUUGGGUGGAUGCUCCACGGGCACCAGAGGCUCUGCUUCCAUGGUGCUUCCCUCCAUGACUGGCAAGCUGGGGCUGGCUGUUGGCAGGAGGCCACAGUUCCUUGCCCUGCGAAGCCUGUCCUUCGGCCUGAGCGUCCUGGACGCAGUGGCUGGCUUCCUCCAGAGCACGUGAUCCGAGGGGACAAGGCAGAAGUGGCAGUGUCUUUCACACUCUAACUUUGGAAGUCCUACAUCGGCGCUUGCACAGUAUUCUGUUGGCCACACGUACCAACCCUGGUACAUUGUGGCCAGUGACCUCCCAAGUGCGUGAAUACCCAGACGUGAGGAUCACGGGGUCAGGGGCAUCUUGGAGGCUGCCUACCAAAUAUUGCAGUAUUUUUUGAGACUAAAGUACCAGAAGAUAACUUAGCAUUUUCAAAGGUCUAGCUUUUUACGGGCAGCUCAUUCGUUCCUUCAGCAACUGACUGAAGAUUUUCUGAGCAUAGGGGCACAACGUGAGGGAGAAGGACACACAAGAUGUAAACCGUAGCCACGUAAGGGCUUUGGUGGGGAGAGAGGCACUGUGUAGGUCAAGAGUGUGUGAUGUGGGGACUAUGACCGAGUGGCAGAGGUCAGCAGAGGCUUCCUGGGGAAGAGAAGCCUGAGCCGAGAAAGCCGAAGCAAGACUUGACACUAAGGUGGGCUGGGUGGUGGUGUGGUUCGUAAGGAAGUUGGUUUCAGACAUCUGCCUUGUCUUUUUAGAGUAAGUAACUGAAAGCAGCUUUGGAUAAGACUUUGAAAAUCCCAUGGUUUAACCUCUCUUCCCUUUUAUCCUUAUAAGAGUUUAUCAGUAUUUUUUUUUUUAAAGUAAUCUCCACACCCAAUGUGGGGGCUGGAACCCAUGACCCCA